UCACACCUCAACUAAAUAUGGAUACAGAAGGAUGGAAGCUGUUAUUGGAGCAGCAAAACAAACAUUUUAUGGCACUACUUCAGGCAAUGAAGACGCCAACGACAAGCAACAGUGUACAGUUGCCUGUAUAUGAUCCUGACAAACAAAAUGCGAAUGCCAGAGCUUGGAUUUCAACAUCAGACAUUUGCAUGGGAGACCAGCCACUUCAUGACGCCGCUCUAGUUAUUGAGUUGAGUCGUGCUCUCAAAGGACAAGCUUCGGAAUGGUUUUCUUCUGUCUCAUUUUCUGGUAUGACAUGGAAUCAGUUCAAGGACAUGUUUCAGGCUAGGUAUGACUGUCCAGAAACAUCUGCGGCGUUCCUAAUUAAUGUUGGUAACACCAAGCCCAAGGAGGGCGAGUGUCUUGCAUCAUUCGCUGCAAGCAUGUUAACGUCUUUGUUGUCCCGUUGGAAAAACCUGUCGCCAGAACAAAUUGCUGUCGCCACAGUUUUGGCACAAUUAUCUCAGUUCGAGCCCCGUGUCCAACGACUUGCAUUCACGACUGAAAUUGAAGACAGGAAUCGUUUGCAACAGGAGUUAAAGGCAUUGUCAUUCCUGAAGAGACGAGCUAAUCCAUCUGAAGUUAGUGGAGUUGAUGCUAAGCGAUUUAAAGCUCCUCCGACAAACAUAACGUGUUUCAAAUGUGGAAGAGUUGGCCAUAAAUCUGUUACCUGUCGUUACUCAAGCAUGCGGUCAACAGAAUCAUCGUCCAAGGAGGUUCCAGCUGCUAGGUCGACAAACAAUAUUACUUGUUUCAAGUGUGGAGGACCUGGACAUUUUGCAUCUCGUUGCCUUGGUGUUAGUAGCAGGAGUGAAAGCAGUUCCGCAGUUUCUUCAGAUGUACGCAGAGUUGAUGUUUGUCAAAUUGAUUCCCCUUCAGGGACACUAACACAUUUUGAAUGAUGAACGUAAUCAAACGAAACUUGACCAAAAAUACAAAGGCCCAUUCAGUGUUAUAGAAGUUCUAGAUGGUGAUAGAUAUGUUCUCAAAGCUCUUGAUUCUAAUCGCACUUAUAAAUAUGCUCAUGAUCGC